CCACCCUUCAUCACCCUUCACCAUCAUCACCGCUGCGACAACCAAGCUUGAAAUAUACUUAUUUAUACCAAGUCAGCAUCAUUUGUCUUAAUGGGAGAGUUUGCUCUCUCUGCACCUCCUUCCUAUCCGAAUGUAUCAGCCGAUAGAAGCCAUGUUUAACACUAUGCCUUCCGGUAUUGUUGUGCUCGUAGCAUCAAUAUGCAACGUAUUUGUAGAGGUUUCAAUGUUUUGGCAAAAGAAACUUUGGGGAUGGUAUACACGCAAGAAGCCAAAAGAAGAGCUCCUAGAGAAGCUCGCUGCAGCGAAAUCUUAUGAGGAAUGGGAAGCGAUUGCGGCUCAGCUAGACGAAGUGUUGGGGAAUGAUCUUUGGCGGCAAAAUCCGACAAGCCAAUAUUAUGACUAUAAACUCAUUCUCGAUCGUCUUCAGAGUUUAUCGGUAGCAAGGAAUGAAGGGAACACCUUACGGCUAGUUAACCUUCUACGUUCCGGUCUUCUAAGAAACCUCGGAAAUAUAUCCAACAUAAAUCUGUAUAAUCGCUCUUACGCUGGAAGCAAGCGGCUUAUCGAAGACUAUAUCUCAGAGGUUGGGAUAUGCUUGGAGCAUAUUGCUUCGCUCCCGCCCCUAGCGUCCUUAACAUCACAAUCAAAGCUUGACUUUCUUCAUGAUACUCGUCAAUCAUUUGGCCGUUCAACCCUGGUUCUCCAGGGGGGAGCAAUAUUCGGCUUGUACCACCUAGGGGUGGUAAAGGCUCUCCAUCUUCGUGGCCUAUUACCAAGGAUUAUCACUGGAACCGCAGUUGGAGCACUUAUAGCAGCCCUAGUUGGGAUUCAUACUGAAGGAGAGCUGCUCAGGUUUUUGGCGGGCGGUGGCAUAGACCUCAGUGCUUUCGACACUAAAAGGAAGGAAGGCAGUUGGAAAAGGAAGAUAAACCGAUUCCUGCAGUAUGGCUACUUCCUGGACAUUAAAGUUCUGGAGGAAUGUGUACGGGCAAAUGUCGGAGACCUAACAUUUGAAGAGGCCUACACACGCACCAAAAGAAUACUAAACAUCACCGUAUCCACCGCCGGAAAGCACGAAGUCCCAACCCUGCUUAAUUACGUCACAGCACCAAACGUCCUAAUUUGGUCAGCAGCCUGCGCAUCAAACGCGACAUCGACAAUGUACGCCAGGGUGGAGCUGAUGUGCAAAGACGAAAAUGGCGCCAUAGUCCCCUGGGCUGCACAAGAAAUUGUCUGGCAGCCGUGGACCCGAGUCUCCUAUACCGACCGCGAAGCACCGACGACUAGAAUAGCAGAGCUCUUCAAUGUAAACCAUUUCAUAGUUUCCCAGGCGAGACCCUACCUAGCCCCAUUCCUAACCUCAGACCUCCACCGUCACCGCCGCCGUGGCAUAACCCUCAAACUCCUCAGACUGCUAGGACUGGAGCUCCGCCACCGCCUUAGCCAGCUCGACCUCCUGGGUCUCCUCCCCUUCUCAGUCCGCCGUUUCCUAGUGGACGAGACCAUACCGGGUGCCAGCAUAACCGUAGUCCCACAUUUGAAGGUGAUGGACUUUGAACAAUUGCUAGAAAACCCCACGUCCGAGACGCUGGACUACUGGAUCCUGAAGGGAGAAAGAAGUAUCUGGCCCGCAGUGGAACUCAUCAGGGUUAGAUGUGAGAUCGAGUUCGCACUUGAUCGGCUAUACCAGAGAAUUCGGAAUAAGCCGCCUGGGGGUGAGCAAGAUUGGGAUAUGGCGGAUGAGCAUGGCGGCGCUGUGGUGGAGAUGGUGACGGGGAUGGGGAGUGGAGUUUCUACAGGCGGUAGCGGGAGCAGUAUUAGUAUAGGUGGAGGAGGAGGAGGUGGUGGUGGCGGUGGUGGCGGAAAAACAAGGAUAAGAGCCAGAAAACGAGCAGCGAGUGAUACACAUGAAAGGCUUGGUGACCGUAGGGGAUCUGGGUAAAGGAUAUAUUUUGCGAUAGUAUUUAUGUAUGGCACUAUCAUUUUUUUUUUUUCCUUGAUUUUUUCUUUGGGCAAUAUCCGGUUUACAAUGCAACACUUU